GAGGCCUGGCUUUCUAACAAAAAAUUCGCCGGUAAAUUAAAGAGAUUUUCCCUUCCCUUCCUUUUCCUACAAAAUCAUGGCCCUUUCAAGACCUGUGUACAUCGUAGCAGCCAAGAGAACGGCGUUUGGAGCAUUCGGAGGCCGCUUGAAGGAUUUUACUGCUACUGUUUUGGGCGAGCACGCGUCAGUUGCCGCGAUGGAGUCGGGUAAAGUCGACCCUGCUACCGUUGAUUCAGUCAUAUUUGGCAAUGUUUUACAGUGUGCAAAUGAUGCAGCUUAUGUUGCUCGUCAUAUUGGGAUCAAGUCCAAAGUCCCUGUGACCACGCCCGCCCUCACAGUCAACAGGCUAUGUGGGUCAGGUUUCCAAUCUAUAAUCUCUGGAGCUCAGGAAAUUAUUCUUGGUGAAAGUGAUAUAUGCUUGGUUGGUGGCACAGAGAAUAUGAGCCAGGCCCCUUAUGCAGUGAGAAAUGCCAGGUUUGGGACAAAAUUAGGUCUAGAUUUAAAGAUGGAAGACACGCUAUGGCAAGGGCUGACAGAUAUGCUGCCAGGUUUGCCUAUGGGAAUAACGGCAGAGAACCUUGCAGAGAAGUACAACAUCACCAGGGAGGAGUGUGACCAGUUUGCUUUACUGUCACAGCAGCGCUGGGCCGCAGCUCAUGAAAGUGGAGCAUUCACUGCAGAGAUAGUCCCUGUUCCUGUCAAAGGCAAAAAAGGCCCUGAGCAGUUUGCUGUCGAUGAACAUCCUAGACCCGAAACAACUAUUGAACAGCUUGCAAAGCUACCAGCCGUGUUCAAGAAGAAUGGCACAGUUUCUGCUGGCAAUGCCUCGGGUAUCUGCGAUGGAGCUGCAGCCCUGGUUCUCGCCAGUGAGAAGGCAGUCAAAGACCAUGGCCUUACACCACUAGCGCGGCUCGUGUCUUACUCCAUUAAUGGUGUUGAUCCCGCCAUCAUGGGUAUCGGCCCAGUGCCGUCCAUCAAGUGUGCCCUGGAGAGGGCAGGAAAAACCCUAGAUGAUAUGGACAUUAUAGAGGUUAAUGAGGCAUUUGCACCCCAGUUCUUAGCUGUACAAAAGGACCUAGGCUUGGACAUGAGCAAGACUAAUGUAAAUGGCGGCGCCAUUGCACUGGGUCACCCAGUUGGCACAUCAGGAGCACGACUGACAGUUCACCUCACCCAUGAGAUGAUGCGCAAAGGUCUCAAGUAUUCCAUUGGAUCUGCAUGUAUUGGUGGUGGACAAGGUGUCGCUCUUGUCCUUGAGAAUGUGGCUUGAAGAACUGGAUUUGGGUCAAUGGCAGAUUACCACAUGUACAGGGGGCUCUUUGGACCUAUUCACAGCUAGCGUCUUAGUGGUGAUUGUAUAUUUUUAUUAAUUAAACCGAAAAACAGA